CAUCAUUGCGUAUGAUUGACGACUUAGCAAACGUUCGGAUGGUGUUUUCAUUGUAUUCUAUGUCAAAUACAUCGUGUUGUGUGUGAGCGGAAUUUUCUUAUAGUGUAUUGUGAAAUAAAAUUUUCCCAUUUGUAACGACCAGUGUUCUGGAAUAGAAAAAUAAAUAUUAAGAAAAAGAAUUGUUGUAAAAAUGUCGAAAGUAUUGAAAACAUCCAUUCCGAGUUUAUCGUCGCCACGCAAAGCACCAUUUACGGUAUUUAUUGAAGGAAAUAUCGGAGCAGGCAAAACCACAUUUCUCAAUCAUUUCAAGAAAUACGAUGAUGUUCGUCUGUACACCGAACCCGUUGAAAAAUGGCGUAAUGUUCAAGGCAUCAAUCUCUUUGAACUGAUGUAUAAAGAAAGUCACAAGUGGGCCUUUCCAUUCCAAACAUAUGUGACGCUGACGAUGUUGCAAACGCACACGGAAUACACAAGCAAACGUGUUAAACUGAUGGAACGCUCACUGUAUAGUGCAAGACACUGCUUCGUCGAGGCGAUGUUGGCAAACAACACACUUCACAAGGGAAUGUACAAUAUCAUGCAAGAAUGGUAUAAUUAUAUCAACGAGAAUAUUCACAUUCAAGCCGAUUUAAUAGUGUAUUUACGAACGACGCCCGAAGUUGUGUACGAAAGAAUGAAGGCACGCGGACGCUCAGAAGAAGAUUCUGUUAGUUUGGAUUACUUGAAACAAUUACACGAUUUACACGAAGAUUGGCUCAUGCACGGACGCAAACAUCGUCCAGCUCCGGUGUUAGUGCUGAAUGCAGAUUUGGAUAUGGAUAAAAUAUGUGACGAAUACGUUCGAUCCGAAAGCAGUAUAUUGCGUUCACAGGGUCAAUUCAUAUCGACAAAUUGAAAAAUGGCGAAUAUUCUGCACUCAUUUGUAACGGCAGGAAAACGUCUCUGGGAUAAAUUCAGUUCAUCCAAGUAGUUAACGUUAAGCAUCAUAGUAAAACACAAUUACACGUUAUUUAUAUAGUUACCUUACAUUCACCGAGAUUUACUUACUUUGUUUUUGUACAAUGGCCAAACUCACCGCUCAAUUUCGACUAAUGUGCAUUUAAGCGAAUAAAAUAAAGAAUUAAGAUUUGCAGUAAACUA